CCCACCGCCCAGUGCACGCAACCCACCUGCAAGAUCCCCGCCCUCCUCCACUCUUCCGAAGCAGCGAUGGCCCCCAAGGCUGAGAAGAAGCCGGCGGCGAAGAAGCCCGCGGAGGAGGAGCCGACGACGGAGAAGGCCGAGAAGGCCCCUGCGGCGAAGAAGCCCAAGGCCGAGAAGCGGCUGCCGGCGGGCAAGACCGCCUCCAAGGAGGGCGGCGAGAAGAGGGGCCGGAAGAAGGGCAAGAAGAGCGUGGAGACCUACAAGAUCUACAUCUUCAAGGUGCUCAAGCAGGUGCACCCCGACAUCGGCAUCUCCUCCAAGGCCAUGUCCAUCAUGAACUCAUUCAUCAACGACAUCUUCGAGAAGCUCGCCGGCGAGGCCGCCAAGCUCGCCCGCUACAACAAGAAGCCCACCAUCACCUCCCGGGAGAUCCAGACCUCCGUCCGCCUCGUCCUCCCCGGCGAGCUCGCCAAGCACGCCGUCUCCGAGGGCACCAAGGCCGUCACCAAGUUCACCUCAUCUUAAUUAGACUGCAAUUACCUGUAUCUGCAACUAGAACUGGUGUUAGUGCUGGCUGGAAAUCGAUGAAUGAUCGCCAAUGCUUCGUUAGUUUGUUGGCUCGUUGGUUGUAAGAAGUGAAUUUGUGCUGCUCUCGGCAAACUAAGAUUUCGGAAGUAAAUCGAUUCAUUUCUGCUA